GGAGUCGGAGUGCCGGAGAGGUGGGGGCGGGGUAAGGCGCGCUUUUAACCUCUGGGACCCGAGGUCUCCUCUAGCUCGGCGGUGAGAGCGAGAAGUGGCUCAGUACACCUGGAGGAAAACCAAGGAAAGAAAGCAUUAAGAAAGAAAAGUGCCUUCUCAGAACACCAGGGACCAACAUAAGAGGAUUUCAUCCCAGAAUCCCUAUGGCUUUCUCUAUGGGGCCUUGGGGGAGCCUUCUAAACCUUGCCAGCAGGGCACUAAGUCAACGCUAUUUCAGCACCACGGAGGCUCUUGGAGCAAUACAGAAGAUGACCAGAGUCCGUGUGGUGGACAAUAGUGCCUUAGGCAACACUGCAUACCAUCGCCCACCUCGAUGCAUCCAUGUGUACAAUAAGACUGGUGUGGGCAAGGUGGGAGACCGGAUACUACUGGCCAUCAAGGGGCAGAAGAAGAAGGCCCUUAUUGUGGGGCACCGAAUGCCUGGCCCCCAAAUGACACCAAGGUUUGAUUCCAACAAUGUAGUCCUCAUUGAGGACAAUGGAAACCCAGUGGGUACUCGCAUCAAGGUACCAAUUCCAACGAGUCUCCGGCGGCUGGAAGGCGAGUAUUCCAAAGUGCUUGCCAUCGCCCAGACCUUCGUAUGAGAGGCCAGGCACUCUUGACUGCAGGAAGUGCCCUUAGAGGGAGAAAAUUCACAGAUCAGUCCCCAACUGAGAAUAGGACUUAGGGGAAAUGGAGACUUCCUCCCUUCUAUCUCCUUCUUCCCCCAGGAGGAAGGGAGAACCAAAUUCUGUGAAGUAAUAAAAAUAUUUUAUGUAUA